CUUCAAUGUUUGUGUGAACUUAAAAUAUACUUAAUUUAACAAAGUGUAAAAAAAAACUGACUCCAUUGUGAACUGCUAGCUCGAGGUUCUGCAGGAAAUAAGUCCCAGGGUUUAUAAAAUAGUGAAGUCUGCUUUGCAGCAGAGCAAACUUGGCUUUGAUUUCUUUUUUCCUAGAUGAAAAAAUGCACGGUAUUCGGGCUGAGCUGCUCCUCUCUGGAUUCACAAAAGUGAGUGAAGAAGAGGAGAUUUAGAGGGAUGAUGUGUACGAUCUAGCCGUAAUCUUUGAGACAAGAAUGAACAUGAAAAUACUACUCAAAAUCUGCCUUCAUAUCAUACUGUUGCUUUGGUUUGAGCAGGUGCUACACGGUAAGAUCUUUGAGCAAUAUGGAAAUUUUGCAUUUUAACGUAUUGACACUGCAUGACCUGUUGAAUCUGCUGUUUCCGUGAAUGCAAGUUGAUACAUCUUAACGCAGUGAUUUAUUUCCUUCGUGUAACUUUAAACUUCGUACUUUUCUAUUUCAGACGUGUCUGCAGGCACAAAUCCAACCUCAGCCUCUGAUGCAAACCUGAUGUUUGAGGUACUUUUCUUGUUUUGGAUAAAAAAAUUUGCUUUUAGUUAAGCUGCAUAACUUUGUUUCUCUUGCAGAGAAAGCCAUGAAAGCCAUAUUUCUUUUGCUGUUCCGUACGCAGAUUUUGUUAGGUGGGGUAGAGCUUGACCAGGACAACAACAUAAUUCUUCUUGAUAAGGAGCUGGCUUCAAUGAGGCCUGGGCGGGCUUUCUUGUCUCAGAUCAAUGAUAACAUCCCCAGGAGUGUGAGCGCCAUGAUGCAGAUGGUGACCACAUUUGAAGGUCCGAGGGAGCGGCCACUGACCCAGGAUCAGUUUGAGAAGCUUGUCCUGAGCAUGGUGUACUCUGCCCAUCGUACCUGGCAUCAGGAUGAAGGAGAGGAGCAGGAAAACUGGGGUGGCGUGCUCCUCCAGCUGGCUAAUAUCACGGUUCAUGAAUUACGAGGAGGCUACCUUUUCAGUUAUGACUGACACACAUGCUGGCAUCCUGUAUUAGGAAAAGGAGUAUGCAAUAAAUCAUUUCCAUAAA